GCAGGCUCCUUCUGGUUGUUCACGAAUGAUAAACAAGGAUAACACGACUUUGAGAUUUCAGUGCACCCAGAUGAUGAUUCUGAAUGCAGCCCAGUGUAUCACUUCGCAGCCCUAUUGAAUUCUAACAUCCUGGCGAUAUCUAAUUCUACUUUAGAACGACUGCGCAUCCACAGGAAUGGUGCAGACGCCCCGUAUUCGUGCGCUGUGCGGGUUAUGCCAUUUUUGCGGUUGUAUCAUAUUUUUUGGGCAUAAGCGGUGCCGGCUUUAACUGUGCUUGGUAUGACUGGCCAAGUUUACCUCGUUUAAGAGGACCAGGGCCAAUUAAAUCUCGAAGAAGAAGAUAUUCUGAAAUCUAAGAUGAACACUGUGAAGGAUGAGGAUGAUUUUUGGUACAGCAGUGAGAGACGGUCAUUCUGUUUUGAGAAUGAAGUUAUGGUGGAUCAAUUGAAGAGUGACACGCAGAAACUGUGGACUGGAAUUUUCAGUACAUCAAACUUUGAAAAUAGUCUUCAGUCUACUAAUGACCUUCAAACUACAAAAUCUCUUCUCUCAGUUAUAUCUGAAAAAACGUUAUCACGCAUUUUAGACGCAGAUAAUAAAUCAAAGAACGAUCAUCCAAAAACAGAACGUAAAUAUCAUGAAAUUGAUGAUACGCAGCCAGACAUCACAUUGAGACAUAUAUUGCUUGGUCAAUCAUAUUCAUUAGAACGAUACAAGUCUCUUGCUAGAAAAACUGCUUUAUUAGAUGCUGCUAUUUCAAAUGGAGAUGGAAAUUCUAUUUUAAUAAUAAUUUUAUUUCUUAUAAAAACUUUAAAACGUUCAUUGGUACAAAGACUAUUAAUGGAGAGGCCAGAUGCAAUAAACGUAUAUAUUUAUUAUCUAUUUAUAAGGUUGCAAACAAGUGAAAUAACUGAUAUUUUAACAAUGUUAGGUCAUUCCUCAACUGCUGCUAUGAAGAAUCUGCAUAUUGUUAUAAAAAACACAAAAGAUCCAAAUAGACUACAGCAAAAACUUCACAAUUGUUACAAGGCACUAUUUACCAUGUUACCUAAUUGCAAAGAAACUAUCUUUCUAGAGUCUUAUAUCAAGUUGCUAGAAUGGCAAAUGGCAAUUAAACAAAAAAAGAAUGAUGAGGAACUCCUGUUAAAUUCUUCUAUUUUGGAAUCUUUACAUUAUGCAUGUAAACACCAUUGCAACACGCCGAAUGAUUUUGUGACAAUAUCACCCAUGAUGCUCUCUCGAAACCAUAACAUUUCUCCUAGAUUAUAUGAAAAAGUCACUUUGCAAGUUAAAGCCGCUUGUGGUGGAUGGGACGAUAUCGAUCGUUUACUUUUAACAAAGGGGAUACUUGGUAAUACAAAAUUACAAACGCAUUUAUAUACAGAAGAUGUUUUGAAAAUUUUAUACAAAUAUAAUGCGCCACAUACAGUUCUUGAAAAAUAUUUAAAAUUUAUUGACAAUCUAGAGAAGCGAUUGGAAUUGGCAAAAAAACUAUCUUGCCAUACAAUAGUAAUUGAUAUAUUUGUUCAACAAGGGGAUCGUGCAGUACUAAUGGAUUACAAAGCAAAAUUACAACCUCAAUCUGAAGACUAUUUUUAUGCUGAGAGUGCUUUGCAUUUACCAAAUAUUAAGUGGAAGAAUUAAAUUUAUUACAUUUAGGGCCGAUUGUUCCAUCUUUCGGUAAAGUUUACCUAUUAGGUAAAUCUGGCAAUCCGCGCACGUAAUUGGGUAAUCUUGCUUACUUAUCUAACAGGUAAACUUUAUCAAAAGAUGGAACAAUCGGCCCAUAUAAUUAUAAAAAAUUACAUAUACUUGGAUUAUACAUUUAAAGUAACAUUUCUAGUGUGUUGAAUUUCUU